AUACUAGAUAAUAAUAUUGGUUCGACAUUUUUGUUUGGUACUCGGCUACACGGGUUCUUAAAUUCUUAAUUUCGUAUUGUCACUUGUCGGUAGCUUGGCUUCGAUUGAUCAUUAAAUUGAAAUUAAAUAUCUAUGUCACGGCUUUGAAUUGUAGUCCGUCGACCAACACCGCAUUUCUCCGACAACCGAGGCGUCUUUUCGUGCCAACAUGUCUUAUCAACUGUACAGAAACACAACUCUGGGAAAUACUCUUCAAGAGAGCAUUGACGAAAUGAUUCAGUAUGGUCAAAUAACACCUGCUCUUGGCAUGAAAAUCCUGCUGCAGUUUGAUAAGUCUGUAAACAAUUCAUUGGCCACACGUGUAAAGUCUAAAAUUACAUUUAAGGUAAAUUUUUUUUAAUUAAGAACUUUAAAU